AUGACUCCUUCUGUGUGGCUGGAAUAUUCAAAUUACUUGCUGGGAGAGAAGGUGUAUCUGAUGCAGAUCCCAUCCCCUUCCGGGAAGGGCAAAACUGAUCAGGUGGCGCUUCGCCCACCAUGGACCGUGAUGAUCAACUAUGAGUUCGAGCUUCGCAAGGAGGCAGUCAAGCGAGCCUUUCGUGAUUCACGUGCAGGGCGAUGCGCAGUUGAAGAGCAAUUCUUCACGUCACCCAUUGCACUGCAGAAUCGCAACAUGCCACCCCCCAGCACUUGGUACGAGCGUCCGAACUCUGGACAGCCAUGGAAAUGGCGCAAAGGCGAGAAAGGCCCUGGAAAAGGGGAAGGAAAGGACACGCAAAAGGGGAAGGACCCGAAGGGAAAGAAGGGCAAAGGCAAUGGAGAACUGGCAAGCCGUACUCCCGAUGGACGUCUCGCUUUGCCUACUCGACUUCUGGCUGUCCAGGUGACUGCGGCAUGGUACAUUGUUGCCAAGUCCGAGGGUGCUUCG